ACACUGUGUAGUGCGUGCAUGCGCCAAUGCGGUUCCGUAUUUGUAUGUGUGGUGUUCUGCUGCAGCGUUAAAUCUUCAAGCGGCGCGUUUUCUGUAACGCGCUCAGAAAAUAUCAGCCAUGCGGAAUCUGCAGCUUCGACAUACUUCAACAAAAAAGCUGUCACUGGCAGGCACAAACAGCCGGAUUUGCUCCGACGCCGACUCCGGAAACGUUUACGUCGUCGAUGGGAAUUGCAUCGUUUCUUUCGGAAGAGAUCUCGAGGAGACCAAGACACUGGUUGACGAGCUGGGCAAUGACAGCGACGUCGUAUCAAGCUUCGUUUUCUUGUCGGAGUUCCAGUCGUUAUGCAUCGGAAAGAAAUCUGGUGAUAUACUGAUGUACGAUGUCAAUAAAUGCAAGGCACAAGCUGUUGGCAGCGUUACGGGUGGCAUUUUGGCCAUGCAAUGGAGUCCAGAUUAUGAGCUCGUCGUUGUUAUUUCAGGUGAAGACAAGGUGUUGCUUAUGACGAAGGAAUUUGACGUGAUCUCAGGAAAAAGACCUCCAUUCUGAAGAAUUUGGUGAAUGUGUUCCUAUCACUGCUGGCUGGGGCUCCAAAGAAACUCAGUUUCAUGGAUCUGAAGGGAAACAAGCUGCCAAGGUGGAGGAGAAGCCUCCUGAGCCUGCCUUCUGGUGGGACGACAAGUGUUCUCGUGUCUCAUGGCGCGGGGAUGGCCAGUACUUUGUCACUUCUUGCAUCAACCCUACUGUGGGAAAUCGUAAGUUGAGGUUAUGGAGCCGAGAUGGCACACUGCAGUACACAGGCGCAGACAUGAAUGGCCUGGAACAAGCCCUUGGUUGGAAGCCUUCAGGCAGUGUGAUUGCUUCAAGCCAGCGUCUACCGAACAAGCACAUGAUUGUCUUUUUUGAGAAGAAUGGUUUAAAUCAUGGAGGUUUCCAGCUGCCCUUUAGAUCUAAUGAAUUCAAGGUGAAGGAGGUAUCCUGGAGUCCAGACUCUACCAUACUGGCUGUGGUUGGGUCAAUGUUUCCGUCCAAUGAAUCAUCACUGCCUCCCAAAGAACUAGUGCUGCUGUACAGCAUGAAGAACUAUCAUUGGUAUCUGAAGCAGACGUUGCAGUUCAGCAUGGGUGAACUCGGGAAACUUGCUGAUCUUCACUGGGAUGAGGGAAACAUGCUUAGUCUGCAUGUGCUGUCUCUUGACGGGCAGUACUGGCAUUACGCAUGGUCUUGGGCUGUGCACAGGAGCCACUGUGGGACACAGGAGAGCACUGCCAACGUGACUGUCAUCGAUGGAGAUACUGUUCUGGCAACUCUCUUCAAGGUGGCUGUUGUACCCCCACCAAUGUGUAGCUUCAGAGUCAAGACAGCUGCAUCUGUCAAUGACGUGGCAUUUGGAAUUGGGCAGCAUGAGAAUGAUUUUGCCAUUGUUCUUCAGGACGAAAACAGCCUCGUGUUCGUGCUCAGCAGUCCAGGAGAUUUUGUGAAGCCACCCAGCAGCAGCUGCACACUGCAGCUUGAAGGUGCAGGUGGAGAAAAUGGCUUUGAGGUUACAUCGAGUAUACCUGAAUGCUAUGGGCCAUACAGAAUAAAACAUGACGGAAUUCAAAUACCUGAGCAUGCUAUGAGCCUGCACCACUGGACAUGGGCCUCCAAAGAUUAUCUGUUGUGUGUGUGUACCAGUGAGGAAUCCCACCAGCUGCUGCGAGUGGAUAUCAAACAUGGACAAGAAACGCAUCUCGUUGCAAA